GAACGUGAUCAGUGAUCGCCGGCAAAUAGUGGUACAAGCAGGCCGGCCGAUGACGACAUAUCAAUAUCCAGCAUCUCACCGGUAUGUAGAAGCCCCUCACCUCUCUCACUCCUCUCCCAACAGCACAGACCAUCACCGUCGCCAUGCCCGCCAUUACCGCUUCUGCAUUCUCCUCGCAUCCGGUAACCUUCGAUUUCUCCUCGCACACCCUAACCGUGACCCCUUCGGGCGGGGACCCCGCAACAACCAUCCCGCAAUCGCAGCUGAUCUGCCUUCUCCCCACCUCGUGCGCAGACACAUACACGCUCGUGCACCACGCCUCGGACUUCGAUCUCGUGCGCACACCCAUAACCCACCCACCAGCUGCGCUACUAUCAUACCUAUUCCUACACCCCCUCCCAGCGCACCUAACGGACUCCGCCGUAACCGUAGUAGUAUCCACGCGCUCCGGCGGCGGCCGAGCAGAGGCGUACUGGGACAGCGUGCUGGCAGAGUUCUUGACGGAGGACCUUAAGAUUCCAGCGCGCGUCGUGAAGACGACCGAUGCUAGCAAUAUAGCCGAGGUGGUAUCUGCGCUCUCCGCGCGGGACGGGGACGGGGACGGGGACGGAAACGGGGACGGCAAGAAGAAGAAGAAGAAGCACACGCUGCUCCUCCUAUCCGGCGACGGCGGCGUGUACGAGGCACUCAACGCCCCGCGCAGCCCGGGCGGCGAGCAAGCGCUAACCCUCGCGCUCCUCCCCUUCGGCACCGGCAACGCUCUCUCAUCCUCGUACCACGCCGCGCGCGGCUACCCACCACUAUACGCGCUCCUCCAUGGCGCGCCGCGGGCGCUACCGACAUAUUCCGCACGGUUCUCGGUGGGGGCGCGGUGGGUGCACGGCGGAGUGCACGGCGGCGAGGUGCGGGCGGUAAAGGGUGCGGUUGUGGUAUCCUGGGGAUUCCAUGCCUCGCUUGUCGCGGACGCUGAGGAGUUGCGUGGAGAGGGCGUGGGUGUCGAACGGUUCAGGGACGCGGCGGGGAGGGGGGUCAGGGAGAUGCAUGGGUAUCGGGGGGUGGUGGAGUAUAAAACCGCGCUGGGGCGGGGGGAGGGGGAGUGGGAGACGCUGCAGCUGGAAGGGGAUAACGGGGGGAAGGCGCACUUCUACACCCUCGCGACGAUGUGCUCGAACCUUGAAGCGGCGUUUACCGUUUCCCCGCGCAGCACACCCGGGGAGCGCGCGAUGCAUCUGGUACAUUUCGCGACGCUGGAUGCGCCCGAGGAGGUGAUGCGCAUCAUGGAGAAAGCGUAUAAUGCAGGGAAACAUGUCGAGGAUCCGAAGGUGCAGUAUAGGAAGAUUAAGGCGCUGAGGAUCACGGUACAGGAAAAGGACGAAAGGUUUAGGAGGGUUUGUGUUGAUGGGGGGAUCGUUGUGCUGCCGGAGGGCGGAUCGGUGGAGGUGGAGGCGGGGGCGGAGGGAAGGGGUGUGGAGAUGGUAUACUCUGGACGGAACCCAAGGAAUGAUAUCAGUAGAGGAAGCUAUAGGAAGCUACCUGCUCGGGUUCGGAUGUCAUCCCUCAUGGAUAGCUCGUGGAUAGGGAGCAUAUCACGUAUCCAAGUGGCAGCGGCCUUUCAGCAGAGGCAGCAGAACUACCAGAACCAGCAGGGCUAUCAGGUCCGGCCGAAUCAGCUGGAUUAUCAGAACCCGCAGGGCUAUCAGGUCCGGCCGAAUCAGCUGGAUUAUCAGAGCCCGCAGUAUCAGAACCAGCCGAAUUAG